UUUUGUUUAAAAUUAACAGCACAGAACAUGAAUAAUUCGUAUGAAAUUUGCGCGCGCCUAAAACGCCUAACAAACAAGGAACACGAAGUCAAGAGGGCAGAAAUACAGCUGGCCAAAAAAACCGAACAAUUUCGCAGCGAUUUAACUGCCGCCAAAAUUGAAUUGCGGCUACAACAGAGAGAAUGUGACGAAUUGCGAUCUUUGUCAACGCGGCGCAACGGUGUUCUACAAAAGGAGCGCGAAAAACUGGUCGCAGUGCUGCAGCGCAGUGCCGAAAUACAGGCAAUGGUGACAGAACGCACAACACAGCUUGUGAUGUCGGAACGCAAAGAGAGAAACAGAAUGCAUGAAUUAAAGGAGGCCACCAACAUAUACAUCAAUCACAAAGCGUUGCCCGAACGCCUCCAGGGCGUCAUUGUGCUGCCCAAAGGUAGCGACACGAGUUCGAGCUGCGGCAGUAUUGGUCAGUGGGUACCCUUCAGCAUGGACGGAAACAGCAUACAUGGACUAGACGCACUGUUAACGCAAUUGCCAAUUCGUUAUAGAAAUGCCGAGCAAUGGCAAGAACUGAUAGACGUGACUAAUCGAGUGGCUAUAUUGCAAAAAGCGGCGCCUGCAAUUGACCUUACGUCAACUAAGUCCGUAUAGCUUCGGCUGGUGGCUAGUGAUAAUAAAAUAUUGUAAAUGCACACGUAAA